AUUGGCGUCUGUUGUCUUUCUGUUGGUCACUGGCUUUGCUGAGCUCUGGAGAAAUCAUGGAGCUCGAUACGCUGCUUGGCGCUUUCAGAGAUUUUGAGAAGAAAGGAAAAAAGGAAGGAUGCCCCAUUCUGGACCAGUUUUUGUGCCAUAUAGCCAAAACCGGAGAGACUAUGAUUCAGUGGUCCCAGUUUAAAAGCUACUUCCUAUUCAAGCUAGAAAAAGUCAUGGAUGAAUUUAAAGCCUCAUCUCCAGAGCAGCGCGGUCCUGCCAAUCCAAACGUUGAAUACAUUCCCUUUAAAGAGAUGAAGGAACGGAUACUUAAAAUUGUGGAUGGCUACAAUGGGAUCCCUUUCACUAUCCAGCGUCUAUGUGAACUGCUUACUGAGCCGAAAAGAAACUACACAGGAACAGACAAGUUUCUAAGAGGCGUGGAAAAGAAUGUGAUGGUGGUCAGCUGUGUGUAUCCUACCUCAGAAAAAAAUGGCUCCAGUGGUGUGAACAGAAUGAACGGAGUCAUGUUCCCUGGAAAUGCUUCUGCUCUUCCGGAUAGAAAUGUGAAUGGCCCAGCCACACCUAGGUCAAUAAAUAGAUCAAAGCUUUCUCUGUCAAGCAGCAUAACUGCUAACGGCCUCCCGGACAGCACAGAGAGCAGUGCUGAACAGACAGAAAGAACAGUCUGUGAUUCCAUGACAUCAGAAACGGUAUGCUCAAGUGAAGAACUGCGGAAGGGCAAGCACCGCAAGGACGAGGAACCUGAGGAGGAGGAGGAUGAGGAUGAGGAAAGACACGAUGCCAAACGGCUUAAGUUCGAUAAGGAUGCAGAGGAGGAGAAUGAAGCCAGUGGGAAGGACUUGUCUUGUCAUGCUUCUGUUGAGAGCUCAACAGAUGUGGCCGAGUCCUCUCAGCAUGCUAAUAUGGAAGUGAAGGAUUCAUCUGCGCUUAUCCCUGAAGACCAAGAGCCCUCCAGCACACAGUCAGAAUGUGGAGAUGGCACGGUUGGUAAACUGGAUUCUCCUGGCUCUUCGCACAGUAACGAGACUGGCCGUGAAGUGGAGCUGUUGGAGCACAAAGCACAGUUAGAGAGGCUGGACCCUGCAGAACUGGAUAACACUGAGGAAAACACUGACCCAGUAAGCAGUAGCAGUAACAGUGGCAGUGAGGAAAGUGAGUGUCACGCCGAGUCCGCGUCUUCAUCUGCCAGCAGUUACACAGAGCCGGCAGCAGAGGGCAACAGCACUGCAGAGGACACUUCACAAAGUUCAGAGACUGCACAAGACUUUGUAGAGCAAAACUGAAAGCACUGGUUACAUUGUUUCCUUUUUUUUUUCUUAUUUUCUUUUGUUUUAAAUUUUAUUUAACACAGCAAAACAUCAGCCCCAAAUUACCAGCAGCCCUGGAAACAGAGUGCAAGUCUUAAUACCUCACACGAGAGGAGGGCAUUUUCCUAGUGAACCUUAUCCUCCUCAAGUCUCCACACAAACCUUGCAUGGCCUUCUGACAGCCACAAUUGUUGCUGUGUAUCUGAUCGUUUCUGGAAAAUGAUUUUAACCUUAGUUUUUGUUGUUCACUGACAUAAGCCUACGGUGUAUGAUGGUCUAAUCAUGGUUUAUUCACCAGACUCCUACAACUGAUUUACCACACAUUUUCUAUAAAGACGUUUAAUCAAACUCGUGUGCAUGUUUUGUUAUAGACCAGGAUUACGCAGCUAGAAAGAUGCUUUAAUCUAUAAAUCAGGAUCCAAACAUUCCAGGGGCCUCUAAAAAUAAACAAAUAAACCACCAUGCAGGAUUAAACCACUAGCAGUUAUAAUUCAAACACCAUUUAUUACAUAACUGGAGGACUGUGUAUACUGAAUCAUUGGAAUAAAGCAUUUUAUCAGCCUUUUUUUUCCUUUUUUUUUUUUUUAAACCAUGCAAAACUGGAAGAUUUUUAAUGGACCAAAUACCUGUAUUUACUAGAAAAAAUAAACAACUGUAUAUCCUUAAUGAUUACUGUUUUGGCUGCUUGAAGCAAAAAAAAAAAAAAAGGCCUGCCCAAAUGCCCAGUUAUUUUGAAUUGUAUGUGGCAUUACAUUUUAUCUCUACUGCCUUCUGCCUUUGCUUUGUUGUGGCACAAAUGGAAAGUUAUUUUAAAGUUUCUUAAUUUAUUCUUUAACCACUCAAUGUUUUCUUGCUCUAGGAAUGUGAAUGCUCCUACCUGUAGUGCAGUUAGGCAUGACUUUAUUCCUCUCUGGAGAUGUGAUCCACUGUAGAGUAGAGGAGCACCAAUUAAGUUCUCUCCUCCACCUGUUUGAAAAGCUAGUCAUAAAAUGUUAAUCGGUUUUGUACGUGGUAGCAAGUUUUUUUUUUUUUUUUUUUUUUUUCUUUUUUCAUGCAUUUUAGUACUUCUUGGUCAACAUUCAAGCAUUUUAUGGUGCUGUUUAAUGGACUGUAAUUUCACCUGCAUUAAAUAUUCAUGCAGUUAGUUGGAAUGUAAUCAUUAAAUAUUGCUAAUUAUAUGUUUGUGUUUAACCGCUAUUGAGCAAUUCUUAUUGAUGUCUGUAAUAAGAUUUUUCACGUUACAUUUCCUCUCUGAGCAACAUGGUGAUGAGCUCAUGGUGAUGAGCUUAUGAACACUACCCCCCUCUCUUCUGCCAAUCAAGAAACAUAUGAGCUAACAUGGUUUCGACCAUCCUAUCUGUAACUAAUUUCAUAACUCCUUUUUGAUAUUUAGAAUUUUUACAUUUCUAUAAAGUAGAUUUUGUAGAAUGUGUUCAAGGCCUUUGUGUAAAUUUAAUCAAUUUUAUGAUUUCUUCAUGAACUGAAUGCCUGGACUACAGUAUUCAAUUAAAGCAAUAAAUGUAAACAGUUAAUGUUGAUACUUCAUUUAUGCAUGAUGAAGUAGCAGCCAUUAAGAAUCAAAUAAAUUUUGGAACACUGUCACUCAA